AUGUCCACGGAAAGAGAACGGCUACAUAAUUUGUUUCCUGACCUCGACUUCGAUCCACAGGCUUUGCGCGAGAAAUAUCGUUUUGAACGCGACAAGCGCAUCCGCGAAGAUGGCGAAAACCAGUACGUAGAAGCGGCUUCUGAAUUUGCGCACUACGCUGACGACGAUCCCUAUGUAGACGCCAACCUGGAGCGAGACCCGCUUGAUCUGGAUAUCGAGGUUGCCAUCAUCGGCGCGGGAUUCAGCGGUCUGAUGACCGCUGCGCGCCUGAAAGAAAGAGGCAUCACCGAUUUCCGUAUCAUAGAAGCCGGCGGAGACUUUGGCGGCACCUGGUAUUGGAACCGUUAUCCCGGCGCGCAGUGCGAUAUCGAAUCCUACUGUUACUUACCGCUGCUGGAAGAAACCGGCUUCAUGCCUAAAGAGAAGUAUUCUUUUGCCCCCGAGAUUUACCAGCACACCCAGCGCAUUGGUGAAUAUUUUGGUCUUUACGACCAGGCCAUCUUCCAGACCCGGGUCAAUGAAGUGAAGUGGAUCGAAGAAGAACAGCGCUGGCAGAUAUCGACCCAGCGCAACGACAACAUCAAAGCCCAGUUUGUGAUUCAGGCAACCGGGCCCGCCAAUCGCCCCAAGCUACCCGGCAUCCCUGGUAUCAGUGACUUUAAGGGGCACACUUUCCAUACUUCGCGAUGGGACUAUGACUAUACCGGAGGCGAUCACAACGGUGGUUUGACCAAACUUGCAGACAAGCGCGUUGCGAUCAUCGGCACCGGGGCAACUGCUAUACAGUGUGUACCCUAUGUCGGUCAGCAUGCUGAAAAACUCUAUGUGUUCCAACGCACCCCGUCAUCAGUUGAUCUGCGUGGCAACAAGCCUACAGAUAAAGAAUGGUAUCAGAACCUCGAAAGUGGCUGGCAAAGAGCACGACGGGAAAAUUUUGCCGCAGUGCUUGCGGGUCAGAACUUUGGUGAAGACCUGGUUGCCGAUGGUUGGACGGAUAUUGCACGCAGAAUUGGCCUGUCGCUGAUGAAUCGAAACUCAGACGCAGGCGAUCUGGACAUGGAAGAAAUUAUGCUGCGCUCCGAGAUUGCCGACUUCCAGAAAAUGAACGAAAUCCGCAGCCGGGUUGACCAGGAAGUGAAAAAAACCGACGCCGCAGAAAGCCUGAAGCCGUGGUACCGACAGUUCUGCAAACGGCCAACCUUCAACGAUGAAUUUCUGGCGACUUUCAACCGCGACAAUGUUGAGCUGGUAGAUGUUUCCGAAUCAAAGGGGGUUGAGCGCAUUACCAGCAAUGCCGUUGUUGCCAAUGGCAAAAGCUAUGAGGUGGACUGCAUUAUCUACGCAACCGGUUUUGAAAUCACAACGUCCGCACAUCGACGGGUAGACUUUGACACCCUCGGCAGCAACGGUGAGUCACUGUACGACCAUUGGGCUGGUGGGUUUCGCACACUUCACGGUCUCUCAAGUCAUGGUUUUCCCAACUGGUUCACCAUCGGCAUCAAUCAGAAUGGUCUGUCGCCAAAUAUGACCGCAAUGUUUGACGACCAGGCGGUACACGUAGGUUACAUCAUUGAAGAAGUAAAGAAGCGCGGCAAACAGGUGGUUGAGGUGACCCCGGAAGCGGAGCAGGCAUGGGUGGAUAAAAUUGUUCAACUCGCCGGCAGUGGUGCAGCGGCCUUCCUCGAAGAAUGUACACCCGGUUACUACAACCGCGAAGGCAAGAGUUCAGAAGCGAACAUGCAGAAUUCACCGUUUGCACCCGGCAUCAACGCUUUCAACGAGCUGCUGGAGAAAUGGCGGGAUGCAGGCACACUGGAAGGUAUGGAACUACGCUGA